UUGGCUUCAUUUAAAUUUAAACAUGAUUUUUGCUCCGCUAUGUGAGGAGUAAACGGAAACGCAUGAAGCUAUUAAAUAAAGGAGAAGAAAGGAACACACCGUGUACAAGGAUACCAUUUUGAAUUAUUUUUCUACCCAUUCAAACUUUUGUACAAAACACUAGUAAAAUAGGAAAAAAAAAGAGGAAAAGGCAACACAUUCUUCUUCUUGUUGUUAGUUUUUUAUUUGUUCUUCUGUGAUCUCUCCCUUUGCUUCUCGUGGAAAGGCUUCACUUCUGUUCUUCCUUUUGGGUUUUUUUUUUCGUGCACACAUCAUUUUGUUUUUCUCCCUCCCUCUCUGUUUUCCUGGGUUUUUGAGAGUUUUGGGGUUCUUUGUUUUGUGCAUUUGCUUGUGAGAAAGAUUUGUGGAGUACUGCUGUUUCGGAGUGUAGUCAUUCGUUUCCAAGAUGGCUGGGUUUGUGGGCGUCUUGGUUUCAGAUCCAUGGCUUCAGCAUCAGUUUACACAAGUGGAGUUAAGGAGUUUGAGGUCUCAUUUUCUUUCAAUGAGGAGGGAAUGUGGUAAAGUGACAUUUGCGGACCUGCCGUCAAAGAUGUCAAAUUUGAAGGUGGUAGGGGAGUCUCUCACUGGAGAGGAAAGGGCAUCGUUCCUGGAAAAGACUUACAAGGAUAUGGAUGAGGAAGUAGACUUUGAAGCCUUUCUCAGAGCUUAUUUGCAUUUACAAGAGCAUGCAAACUCGAGGGUGGGCAGCACAAAGAAUUCAUCUGCAUUCCUAAAGGCAGCUACAACCACCUUAUUGCACACAAUCAGUGAAUCAGAAAAGGCUUCUUAUGUGGCCCACAUCAAUGGCUAUCUUGGAGAAGACCAGUUCUUGAAAAAAUAUCUUCCUAUUGAUCCUUUGACUAAUGACCUCUUUGAACUUGCUAAGGAUGGAGUGCUGCUCUGCAAACUUAUUAAUGUGGCUGUUCCUGGUACAAUUGACGAACGUGCAAUCAAUACAAAGAGAACCCUUAAUCCAUGGGAAAGGAAUGAAAACCAUACACUGUGCCUUAACUCAGCCAAAGCCAUAGGGUGUACAGUUGUAAAUAUUGGAACUCAAGACAUAAUAGAAGGCCGGCGGCAUCUGGUGCUUGGUCUGAUAUCUCAAAUUAUCAAGAUACAACUGUUGGCAGACCUCAACUUGAAGAAGACACCUCAAUUGGUGCAGUUAGUGGAUGACAGUAAGGACUUGGAAGAGCUAAUGAAUCAACCACCUGAAAAGAUCCUAUUGAGAUGGAUGAAUUUUCAUUUGAAGAAAGCAGGAUAUAAGAAAACAAUAACCAACUUUUCUUCAGAUGUAAAGGAUGGGGAAGCUUAUGCUGUCCUAUUGAAUGCAUUGGCACCUGAACACAAUAAAAAGUCAAUUCUUGAUGUGAAGGAUCUCAUGGAAAGGGCAAAGCUAAUUCUUGAAUAUGCAGACAGAAUGGGCUGUAAGACAUAUUUGACCCCCAAAGAUAUCGUCGAUGGCUCGCCUAACCUGAAUCUUGCUUUUGUUGCCCAUAUUUUCCAGCACAGGAAUGGGUUUUCAUCACAAGCCAAUCAAGCCCCUGUUAUUAGUGAAGCUGUUUCAGAGGACGUGCUAGUUUCUAGAGAGGAGAUGUCUUUCAGGUUAUGGAUCAACAGUCUUGGAAAUUCAACAUAUAUUGACAACGUAUUUGAAGAUCUUAGAAAUGGAUGGAUCCUGCUAGAGGUUCUUGACAAGAUAUCACCAGGAAUUGUUAAUUGGAAGCAUGCAACAAGACCUCCAAUUAAAAUGCCAUUCAGAAAAGUAGAGAACUGUAACCAGGUUGUGAGGAUUGGUAAACAACUGAAGUUUUCCCUCGUUAAUAUAGCUGGCAAUGACAUUGUACAAGGAAACAAGAAACUUAUUCUUGCUUUCUUGUGGCAAUUGAUGCGCUACAACAUUCUCCAGCUUCUAAAGAAUCUGCAACAUCAUUCCAAUGGGAAGGAGGUAACAGAUUUAGAUAUUCUGAGAUGGGCUAAUUCCAAAGUUAAGAGCUCAGGGAGAACUUCUAAGAUGGAGAGUUUCAAGGACAAGAGUCUUGCAAAUGGAAUAUUCUUCCUUGAGCUUCUUAGCUCAGUGGAGCCAAGAGUGGUUGACUGGAAACUUGUUACCAAAGGAGAAAACGAUGCAGAGAAGAAGCUGAACGCAACCUACAUCAUUAGUGUUGCAAGAAAAAUGGGGUGCUCCAUUUUCUUGUUGCCUGAAGACAUUACAGAGGUGAACCAGAAAAUGUUGCUUACCUUAACAGCUAGUAUCAUGUAUUGGAGCUUGAAGCAGCCAUCAGAAGAAACAUCUUCAAUGAUUUCUGAUAGUGAAAACGGUAGCUCAGUCGAAAGCCUUUCAACUUUGACCAUUGAUGACAGUGCAUCUGAGACUUCGCUAGAAGACAAUAUUAACAGGGAAUCCAGUGAAAUGCAAGAAAACCAGAUAUAAACUUUCGAGUCUUGAUAUUCUUUUUUUUUUUUCAUGUUGUUUCAUUUUUGUUAAAUAUUGCUCCGGUGCCUGAAUCCCAUUUGAUUUUUGAUAUUUGGGGUUGUCUAUACAAAAAUUGUAGCGGUUAUAUUUUAGAAUUACUGUAUAUAUUUGUUCAGUCUUGAGACAAUGAA